UGCUUAAGAUGUGGUGCACUAGACAGCAUUUGAAUAAGAACCAGUGGAUAAAAAAGUAGUGGCUGAGAUUGAGAUAAGCAUGAAUAGAAGCAUAGAGGCUUUUAACAUUGUGUGGAUGAGGUGUGGUUAGAGAGAGAGGUGAUGGCAGCUUCAGGUGUAUGGAAGGCAUCCAUGGUAAGAAGUGGGAGAGAAGAAGUGUAUGUAGCAGCAAUGCCUCUGAGGGCCAAAAAGGGACCACCCCAGCUCCUCAUGUCAGCUGCUUACUCUCUCAAUUUCUGGAAUUUCCACCAUUUCAUGGUCAUCAUCAACAACAGAACAGACCCCUGCUCUUUUCAGCUUUUGGUUUAUGAUUUUCAACCAAAAGACCCUGAAGAUCCAUAUGCGGCACUAGCAGUUCUAUCUGGUAGAUCAGUGCCAGGAGCUGUCCUGGUGAGGAAGUUGAAAAAAUUGCCAAGAAACAAAUGUUGGCUGGUUGGAUAUUCAAAAGAAGAUGCUGAAAAAGUAGCAACUGAAUUCAACAAAACAUGGGAAACAAGUUUGAGAGUUGGUGUUAAUGAUUGCCGUCACUAUACCAACGGUGGCAAGGCAAACCCCUGUAUGCAUGCAUUUCACACUCACACAUACAUACAUACAUACAUAAUGGGUGCGGCCACAGUAGCAAUCCCCGAAGUGGUUCUAGAAUCAUCGAACGGGCAACGCAGAAUCCCAGUGAUUGGGCUGGGCACUGCCCCUGAAGCGAGCAGCAAGGUGUCGACCAAAGACGCUGUUGUUGAGGCCAUUAAGCAGGGCUACAGGCACUUCGAUGCCGCCUCUGCUUACGGCGUUGAGCAGUCCGUCGGAGAAGCCAUCCAAGAAGCUCUCCAACUUGGACUCAUUUCUUCCCGGGAUCAACUCUUCAUCACCACCAAAAUCUGGGUCACUGACAACCACCCUCACCUCAUUCUCCCUGCUCUCCAAAAAUCACUCAAGACACUUCAACUGGACUACUUGGACCUGUAUCUGAUCCACUGGCCCAUAUCAGCAAAACCAGGAAAGGUGACAUAUCCCAUUGAGCAGUCGGAGCUGGUGCCAUUUGACAUGGAGGGUGUCUGGAAAUCCAUGGAGGAAUGCCAGAGACUGGGCCUCACUAAAGCCAUUGGAGUCAGCAACUUCUCCAUCAAGAAACUCCAGAAGCUUCUCUCCUUUGCAACCAUCCCUCCCGCAGUGAACCAGGUGGAAGUCAACCUUGCCUUCCAGCAACACAAGCUGAGGGAAUUCUGCAAGUCCAAAGGCAUCACCGUAACUGCCUUCUCUCCUCUGAGGAAGGGUUCGAGCAGGGGAACCAACAUGGUGAUGGACAACGACGUUCUCAAGGAACUGGCUGACGCUCACGCCAAGACUGUUGCUCAGAUCUGUCUGCGAUGGAUCUACGAGCAAGGCUUGACGGUUGUGGCUAAGAGCUAUGACAAGGAGAGAAUGAAGCAGAACCUGGAGAUCUUCGAUUGGUGUUUGACGGACGAAGAUUACAAGAAAAUCAGUGAAAUCCAUCAAGAUAGACUCAUCAAGGGACCCACCAAGCCUCUUCUCCAUGAUCUCUGGGACGAGGAAGACGAGCAUCAGUAAUUAAUAAUGCUAAUUAAUGCUAUGCUCUCUCUCUAAAUAAACUAUCUAUCAUGGAUAUGUAAUAUCUACACCCAAGUUAAAUUUCCCGCAUUUGUCUUCGUUUUAUAGGUCUUUUAUUAUACAUGAGAAUGCAUGAGUUAUUGUACUUACAUAUAAUUCUACUGUACUUGUGUGUUUCUUUUGGCUAUAUAUCCUCCUUGUAUUAAAGUCUUAUAAAGUUCAACCUUUUAUUUUAAA